GAUACACCACUUAAUAUUGCCUGUAAAAAAGGACGUACAGAAAUAGUUGAACUACUACUGGAGCAAAAAGAUAUUGAUGUUACUAAAUGUAAUAAACACAAUAACAAUGCUCUAGAUGUUGCUGUAAUCUUUGGACAAAAGGAUGCUGCAAUGGCUAUAGUCAAAAGUGAUAAGUGGGAAGAUGCAUUACGUAGUUAUAAAGUUGUGAAUAGAAGUGAUGAUGUUGGAGCAAUUAGGAGAAUAUUAAGUUGUUGCGGAAGGAAGAGAAAUGAUGAUGAUGAUGCUAAUGAAUCUGUAAUACAUUUCACAACACCAAUGAGAAGGAUAAUUAAGAAGAUGCCAGAUGUAGCUAAAGUUGUUUUUGAUCGCUGCUGUGAGACAAAAAAAUCAAAAUAUGACCUUAAUUAUGAGAUUAAUUAUAAUUAUGAAUUUCUUGAGGAUUUUGAUCUGUAA